AUGGAGGGUGUAAAAAAUUUAGAUUUCCUUGAGUCAACCACAAGGAUAGGAAAUGGGAAGAAAAACAUUUAUCGAGAAGAAAAUGAUAUCAGAAAUUUGAAACGAAAAAAAAUAAAUGAAAUUAUAAAUAAGUAUAAGAAAAAUAUGACAUUUAUGCAUGGUGGUAACACAAAUAAUAAGACCGAUGAAGAAAAUGAAAGUUAUGUCAUUGAUCAAUGUGAUGACGAUUAUAAGGACGAUAGGAAUAACAAAAAGAAUACACAUGAUAAUAAAACUAUAAAAGAAAUAGAAAAUUCAAAAAAGAUUACGAAAGACAAUAUGAUGACCAAAUUUUUAAAAAAUACAUUCGAUGAAAAAAAAGAUAUAAAAAAUUAUAUGAAUAAUAUUUCUUCAUCCUUAGUCCGUGAUACAAAUAUGAAGGAGAAAUAUUAUGACAAUAUUGAUAAUAAAAUAAAAAAUUCAAAUUUUAAAAAAAUUGAAAAUGAUAAGUUAUCAAACAAUUUGGAAUAUAAUAAAAUAAAUAGAACUUUAUUUUCAUCAAAAUAUUUAGAUAAUAGUGAAAAAUAUGGAGAAAAAAAUAAUGAUAAGAAUAGUUCUCAAAAUUAUUACCCAUAUAAAAAGGAUCGUGGAUUUUCAAAAACUAUAAUAUCUGAAAUAGACCCAAUGAAAAUAGGUGAGUUAAAAAAAGGGGAAAUAAAUAAGAUUGAUAAUAGUGAUAAAUAUAUUUUACAAAAAAUAGAAAGUACAACCCAUUUAUUGUCCAAUGAAAAUGAUUUGAAAUUAUAUGAAAAUAAGGAUGAUACUAAAAAUUACAAAAAUGAUAAAUUAUUAUUAUUAAAUAAAGCACAUGAAAAAAUAAUUUCAAAUAAUUAUGACCAAUUUAAAAAUAGAGAUUUCAAAAAAUUCUCAAAUUUAAAAAUAGGAGAUCAAAGUGCCAAUAUUAAUGGAAGCAAUAAUGCAGAAAAUAUAAGCAUGAGUAAAACAAAAGUAAAUGAAAAAGUGAAACAUUAUUCUAAAGAAGUAGAUACAUCUUCUAAGUUCUUUAAUGAAACAAAAUUUAGUGAUGAUGAAAAAAAAAUAAGAGAAACUUUUGAAAAAGUGAAAAUGAUGGCAAAGACAAUCGAUUAUAGUAAUGAAUAUAAUAUGAGGGAUGAUACCAAAAAAAAAGAAAAUGUAUUAGAAUCACAUAAAGAAAAUAAAAAUUUAGAAGUAAUAACAUCACAUGAAAAAAAUAAGCUUUUAGAAAAAUACAAAACCGACAAUAGUAAAGGGGAAUUACAUAUUAAAGAAACCCGAAUAAAUAAUGAUAUAGAUGAUCAAAACAAAAAUUGGUUAAGCUCGAAUAGUAAUAAAAUUAAAGAAAAAAUAAGGGGAAAUAGUUUUAAUAGGACAUUUGAUGAUCUAUCUAUGAACAAGGUACAGAAAAAAAGUGAUAUACUUGAUACAACAAAUUCUAAAGAUGUUCUAGAAAAAAACGAAUUAAAUAUUAAGGAUGUUUUGGAUAAAAAUGAAAAUAGUAAUGUAGAUAAUUUUGAUGCAAUACAUAAGUUAGACACAUUAGAAAAUAAAGAAAAAAAUAAUACAUACAGAAUGAAAGAAAUUGAUGAAAAAAAGGAUCUAAUAUAUAAUAGUAAUAAGCCAUUAAAAAAUAGUACAACUGAUAAUAUUUCGUAUAAAUCUAAAUUUGUUAGUAAAUUUGAAAGAGAUAAAGAAAAUGAUUUUGAAAAGAAAUAUAUGGAACUAAAAAAAGAAAGGGAGAAAUAUCUUUCUUCUAUUGUUUAUAAUAAAGGAGAUGUAAAAAAUAACGAAGAAAACUUCAAAAAGGAUUUUAAAACAUAUCGUCUUGAUAGUGAAUAUAAAAAAAAUGAAAAUAAUGCUCUUGAAUAUAUUAGUAAUAAAGUGAAUAGAUAUAGAGAAAUGCGAUAUAAUAGCAUUGAUAAAAAUAGCGAUAAAGAAGAGGUAUUUUUAAAAAGCAAAUUGAGAUCUAAUUUGGAAAGCGAAGAACAAAAACAAAAAUAUGGUAGUGUAUUGGGAAAAAAAAAAGUAUCAGAUAAUGAAAAAAAAAUAGAGUAUCUAAAUAAUGGUGAUAGAGACCAAGAAAAGGAUAACCAUAAAAAUUAUUAUAACAAAAAUAGAUAUCAAAGCAAGUUAAAUAUUUACGAUAAGAAUAAAAAAUCCAAUGAUCAUAUAAAUAAUUUGUAUACAACAAAAAAGAGUGAAGAAAAUAAAUACGAAAAAUAUAUAAGUAAAAAAUAUAAAGUAGACGAUUUUAAUAAAUUUCAAAAAAAUGAUGAAAGAAUAAUUGAUCAUCGAAAAAAACUUUUAUUAAAUGAAUCAAACAACAGGUUUAAUAAAUAUAAUAAGGAUAAAUUAUUUGAACGGGAUAUAAAAUCUAGUGUUAAAAAAAAUAUCGAAAAAAAAGACUAUGAACGGUUGACAAAUAAAUAUAAUGCUACCGGAAAGUAUCAUGAUCAAAAUGAUAAAUCUGUUAAAAAGUUAUUAGAAGAAAAAAAUUUCAAAAAAACAAAAAAUUAUAAUAAUGAAAAAUUGAAUAACACAUUAAAUAAGUCUAUUAAUUUUGAAUCACAUCGUAAUAAAAAAGUAGACACAUUAAAAAAAGCACCAGAAGAUAUUUUCACACCUAGUAAUGACCCAAUAGAACAAAUUAAAAAAAAAUACAAAGAUGUAAUUAACAGAGUUAACCAUAAUAUUAACAAAGAAAAAAAGGAUAUAAACACGAGCGUAGAAGUGAAUGGUCUGAAUUUAAAAGUAAAAUCUGCCGAGGAGAUAGAAAAUGAAUAUAAUGAAAGAAUAAAGGCACGAUUAGAUGCAAUAGAAAACUAUUUUAAUAAGGAUAAGAUUGAUGCCGAAAGAUUGAAAAUUGCAGAAGAAAAUAAAAUAAAAGAGGAACUAAAUUUAAAAAGGAAAAUGUAUGAAUUAAAAAUUAGGGAAAAUUUUAAGGAAAAAAUUAGAUUAAGAAAAGAAAUGAAUGAAAAAAACAGAUCUGAUGAAAAUGUAAAAAAUGAUAAGAAUAGUGGUAAUAACGAAGAUAAGCCAGAGGGGAAAAUACCUAAAGACCAAGUACAUAGAAAUAGACGGGAUUCAAAUUUUGGACGAAGUAAAAAAAAAAAAAAAAAUAAUAAAUUUGAUGAUUAUUCAAGUGAUGGAAGUUAUUAUAAAUAUAUGUAUAGAAAUUUAUAUGAAGAAACAUAUAAUAAUAGAUUAGAAAAUCAUUAUCAUGAUAUAAAUGAUAAUUUAUAUUUACAAGAAUGUUCAGAUAAUUUUUUUCACAAUCCAAAACGGAAUUCUGUUGUCUCAAAAUCAUUAUCAAAUAGUUUUGAUAAAGAUUCAAUAAAUAUAAGUGUAAUAAAAUUUGAUGAUUUUGAUUAUAAUUAUUUAAAUAAUCGUAAGGUUUCUACUUGGAAAAAAAGAGAAAGUCGUUAUUCUAAUAUUGAUGAUAAUAGUACAAACAUAAAAAAUCUAAAUCUCGAAAAACCUAAAGUUGUUCCCACAGAUAGUGAAGAGAGUCUCAUAGGCCAUAAUAACUACGCUAAUGAAGUCAAAUUAGCAAAAGAAGGAAAUAAAUUUGAAAAAAAAAAACAUAAUGCGGAAAAUAGUUAUUCAAAAUAUGGUGAUAAGCAAUCUAAUUUAAGCGACUCUUCUAUUAUAAAAAUGAAAAAGAAAACGAGUCAAAACCAAGAAAAAUAUAUCCCUAACAGAAAAAAAUUAUCAUAUCAAAAUAAUAAAUACGAAGAGCAUGAUGAUAAUGUAAUUAAUAAAUUAUUGAGAAACAGUAAAAACCAUAUGAUGAGAAAUACCAGCAUAUUGAUCAGAGAUGAUAUUUCUCAGGAAAAUAAUAAAAAUUAUAACGACAAUAAAAAUGUUAAACAAUAUAAAGAUGCAAUAGAAAUCCAAGAGAGAGAUUGUAUCGAUGAGACUGGAUAUGAAAGUGAAACUUAUGAAAAAGAAGAGAGUAUCCAUGAAAAUGAAAUAAAUGAAGAAUAUGAAAAAGAAGAAAACAUUCAUGAAAACGAAAUGGACGAAUCGUAUGAGGAAAAUAGACUUGAAGAUAGUUAUAGUAAACAUAAUGAGGAAUAUAUAGGAAAAAAUGAAUAUGAAAAUAAUAGAAGUAGAAUAGAGUAUUACAAUAAUAUAAAUCCAAAUAUAAUAUCCUUCGAAAAAAAUUAUGAACCCAAACCAGUAAUGAAUGAAUAUGAUAUCGAAGAAGAUCAAAGUAAUAAUAUAAAAGAGGAUGAAAAGGAAAGUGUAAUUAGUACCAUUGAAAAUUAUGAAGAAAUAGAGUGUAAAGAUGAGAGCAAGGAAAUUAAUGAAGAAAUAAAAGAGGAUGACCAACUAUAUGAUGAUGAAAUUGAUGAAAAACAAAACGAGGAUGACCAAGUAUAUGAUGAUGAAAUUGGUGAAGAAAUAAAAGAGGAUGACCAAGUAUAUGAUGAUGAAAUUGGUGAAGAAAUAAAAGAGGAUGACCAAGUAUAUGAUGAUGAAAUUGGUGAAGAAAUAAAAGAGGAUGACCAACUAUAUGAUGAUGAAAUUGAUGACAAACAAAACGAGGAUCAAGAUUCAAAAUCAUCAAUAAAAUCGUCUGAUACAGGAAUGCCAAAAAUUAACAUUUUGCAAAACAAAGAAAAUUAUAUACCUUUAGAUGAAGCUCUAAAUUUUGUUAUUGACAAUGAGAAAUUAAAAAAGACAAAAGCCCAAAAGGAAAAUAAAGGAAACCCUAAAAAUAAAACUUUUGUGCAAUGGCUUAUGGAUGAAAGGAAAAAAAGAUUAAAAAAUAAUCUGCCUAUAGACAUUUAA